CCAGGAGAAUCGAAGGAAGGCUCCACCGCCAAGUACCGAGCUGAAGGCAGCCAGGUGUGCCGGGAGCUGCAGGCCUCGGCGAUCGGGAUGGAGCUACCUCCCAGCCGGCCGCUGCUGGGCUCCCCGCUGUCCAGCGGCUCGCUGACCUCUCUGGACUCCAGCGUUUUCUGCAGCGAGGGCGAAGGGGAGCCCCUGGCCCUCGGGGACUGCUUCACGGUCAACGUGGGCGGCAGCCGCUUCGUGUUCUCGCAGCAGGCGCUGUCCUGCUUCCCGCACACGCGCCUGGGCAAGCUGGCCGUGGUGGUGGCCUCGUACCGCCGCCUGGGAGCCCUGGCCGCCGCGCCCAGCCCUCUGGAGCUCUGCGACGACGCCAACCCCGUGGACAACGAGUACUUCUUCGACCGCAGCUCGCAGGCGUUCCGCUACGUCCUGCACUACUACCGCACCGGCCGCCUGCACGUCAUGGAGCAGCUCUGCGCGCUGUCCUUCCUCCAGGAGAUCCAGUACUGGGGCCUCGACGAGCUCAGCAUCGACUCCUGCUGCAGGGACAGAUACUUCAGAAGAAAAGAGCUGAGCGAAACUCUAGACUUUAAGAAGGACACGGAUGACCAGGAGAGUCAGCAUGACAGUGAGCAGGACUUCUCACAGGGACCUUGUCCCACAGUCCGCCAGAAGCUCUGGAAUAUCCUGGAGAAGCCUGGGUCUUCCACAGCUGCCCGAAUCUUUGGGGUCAUCUCCAUCAUCUUCGUGGCCGUGUCCAUUGUCAACAUGGCCCUGAUGUCAGCAGAGCUAAGCUGGCUGAACCUGCAGCUGCUAGAAAUCCUGGAGUACGUGUGCAUUAGCUGGUUCACCGGGGAGUUUGUCGUGCGAUUCCUAUGUGUGCGGGACAGGUGCCGCUUCCUAAGAAAGGUGCCGAACAUCAUAGACCUGCUUGCCAUCUUGCCCUUCUACAUCACCUUGCUGGUAGAAAGCCUGAGCGGCAGCCAGACCACACAAGAGCUGGAGAACGUGGGCCGCAUCGUCCAGGUUCUGAGGCUGCUCAGGGCUCUGCGCAUGCUAAAGCUGGGCAGGCAUUCCACAGGGUUACGCUCCCUUGGCAUGACGAUCACCCAGUGCUAUGAAGAAGUCGGCCUACUGCUCCUAUUUCUGUCUGUGGGAAUUUCUAUAUUUUCAACUGUUGAAUAUUUUGCAGAACAAAGCAUUCCUGACACGACCUUCACAAGUGUUCCUUGUGCAUGGUGGUGGGCCACCACAUCCAUGACCACUGUGGGGUACGGGGACAUUAGACCAGACACCACCACAGGGAAAAUCGUGGCCUUCAUGUGCAUAUUAUCAGGAAUCCUUGUCUUGGCCUUGCCUAUUGCUAUUAUUAACGAUCGCUUCUCUGCCUGCUACUUCACCUUGAAACUCAAGGAAGCAGCUGCUAGACAGCGGGAAGCUCUGAAGAAGCUUACCAAGAAUAUAGCCACUGACUCAUAUAUCAGCGUUAACCUGAGAGAUGUCUAUGCCCGGAGCAUCAUGGAGAUGCUUCGUUUAAAAGGCAGAGAAAGAGCAAGUACAAGGAGCAGCGGGGGAGACGAUUUCUGGUUUUAAAUUGGUUUUCAAUUUAUUUCCAAAAGCUGUGUACAACUAACUCAACUGAUAAAGCCUUGCUAUGAAUGCUUGCAUUGCCGAUGAAGAAUCCUCUGGGUUCUACCCACUUCGUAUUUGAUGAUACAUUAUUUGGUCUAAUAGAAUAUUUCACACCUCCCGUAGCAAUUACACAUUACUUUUGACACAGCUGUCUCAAAAAUACUCAAUUAGCAUCAGCAAAAACAAUCAGGACAAUUUACACCUGUCUGAAUUGUCAAAUAUGAAAUAACAUUAUUACAAUACAUGCAGUAUAGUUAAAAGUUGUAUACUUUUAGAAAGAUUUUUGCACCACUAAUUUUUUAAAUGGAAGUUAAACUGCUAGUCCAGAGAUAUGAUAAGUAAACAUUUAAGAACACUCUGAACAUCUUUGCUAUUUAAAGAUAUUCUCUGAGUAAACUACUCCUUUCUCCAUCAGUUCCAGUUGUUGAGUGUAACAAUUAGCUUUGUGAAAAUAAAACCCACCCUAGAGGUUACAGAUUGUGUCCCCAUCUUCCACCUGGUGCAAAUCACUGCUCACAAGUGGCCUCCCAUCCUUCCUGCUGCAGAUGGGAGUCCCAAACCUGCUUAGCCUGCAGUAGAUGAGUUUGCACAGACUCCAGAACUGCACACUUCAUUCUCACAACUGAGUGUGAUACGUGAAGUAUAAAGCAGUUUAUUUCUCGGUUCUUCAUGAAAAUCAGAUUAAUUUUUAAGACAUCUCAUUAUAGAUAUUUUAUUUAAUUCAUGUCUUUAAAAUUAUGAAUAUGUAAAAGUGAAGUUGUGAACAUCCUAAAUUUAUGAGCUGAAUUAUUAGUCUUAUUUCAUAAAAGGAAAAUAUGUUGAAUGACAUCAUUGGAUGAACUUGCAGAUCUUUAAUUUGUUACCAAAAAUAUUAUGGAUAGAUUUCUGGUUGUUGGGGUAAAUAACAAAUGUUCAAACUUUGCAGGCAUUUUGACAACAUUUUGACAUUCAUGAUAAUAAUAAAAUUCCUAGACAUUCUGUUACAUAAUUAAAGCCAAAACCUCUAAA